AUGUUAAUUAGUAUUUAUUUAUUUUUAAAACUUUUUUUUCUACAAUUGGUGUUAUGUCAAGAUUUUACUAAUAAUACAAUAAAACAUGAAUUAGAUGAUUUUCGAAGAGAUAUUGCAACAUUAAGAAUAUUAAAAAAAGCACAAGCAAUAAAAUGUUCCAGAAAAAAUAUUAAAAAAAAAUGUGCUGGUAUUGUAAAAUUAAAUUAUCAAGAAAUGUAUUUCUCUCCAAAACAUAUGUUAGCAGCAUGUGUUAUACAAAAAAAUUUUAGUUCAAUGAUGAUAGCAAUAAUGUGUUAUUUAUUUAAUGAUAAACAAUUUUUAGAAAAACACAAACAUCUUGCUGAUAAUGAAUGGUCAAAUAUGGCAUGUAGAAGUCAUAAUUUUGUUCGAUCAAAUGAAAAUAUAAUUAAAAAAUUUGCUAAAAAUAAUAAAAAUUAUUAUUUAAAAAAUUGGAUAUCAAUAUUAAUUGUUAGAGAACCAAUUGAAAGAUUUAUUAGUGGAUAUAUGCAUCAUUGUUCAAAAGAAUUAGGAUCAUAUAAAUAUACAAAAAAAUGUUUUUAUUGCAAUGGUAAUUUAAAUUGUUUUGUUAAAAAAUUAUACCGAGUUACAACAUCAAAUUAUAAAACUAUUGAUAAUACUGAUUUAUUUAUUAAACAACAUUUUUUCCCUCAAACAUGGAGAUGUGAAUAUUUCCAAUAUAAAAAUUUUUAUAAAAUUUUAAAAUAUGAUUCAUCAAAUUUGACAAGCUUUUAUGAAUCACUUAUAAAAAUAUUAAAUAAUAGAAAAAUAUCAAGUGAAAAAGUUGAUUAUAUAAAUGAGGAAAUUCAUACAAUAAAAAGUUAUCAUGCAACUUCAGGAAAAAAAGCUACAAUAAAAUUUACGGAUAAUUUAUAUAAAAAUGAAUUUAUUUUAAAAUUAUUACAUAGAAUAUAUUAUCCCGAUUUCAAAGAAUUCAAAUUUCCUAUUCCAGUAGUAGAAAAAAUAUAA